AUGCAUCUGGAAGAAAAUCAAGUCUAUCUGAAUCUGGGCAAUAUACCGCCAAGGCCUGUUUCCUCACCGUGCCAGUCUAGACCUACUCAAAGGCUAGCAGCCGGGUCCGCACAGAUAGUCAGUAACGGAUGUCACUGUGGUGUGCCACCCAGCUUGUUAAGGUUUUUAUGUGCGGUUUUAAGAUCAAAUAACCUUGGUACGGUACCAGGACACUGCUGA